AUGUCGGACUUGGAUGACGGUUCUGCUUCGGCCACCGAUGGCGAUUCUGAUGGUUGGACUGAAUUGAUUGAUGCAGACUCACCCGAUACGAACCCACCAAUGAAAUGUCUCGUUUGCCCGCACCUCUCUUCCGGCUCCGAACAGUUCUUCACUCAUUUACUCUCGCAUCCGAACUGGGAGAAUCUGUUCGUCCCGGGAACAUGUUUGAUAAUGGAUCAGUACGACUGGAUUCGAUUCGUCAACUAUGUUCGGCUGAAACCUGAUGCUGUUCUCGAGUGUGCUAGUCAUCACGUUUCAAAUGACCACGUGGAUACUGACUAUUUGUGGGCAGAGAAUGCAGCACUCCGACAACAACUAGCCGAGUGC